AUGGAUCACGAGAGCCUUCGCACGGCAUCGACAUAUCUCAACAAUCUGUUGCUGGCUCGCGGCCUCCUCCGCAACAGCGAACCUGUCGACUUCGUCAAGCCAUCUAAGGACAGUCGCGCUCAGAUCAUCAACCUAGUUCAUGACUUGAUACUACGAGAAGACCGCGACAAAGACUCGCGCGAACAUGUUGCGGUCACACUUCGUACACUGCGCGCCGAAGAUGCGCGCAAAGCAGCAGAGAUCGAGAAGCUGAAGGAGAAGUGCGAGGCAUCUGCACGAGAUACUGUCCAGAUGCGUGCCACUGAGCGAACGGCAAAGGACGAAUGCAAGAAGGCGGAGCGAUCUGUGAAGAGCCUGCAAGAUCAAGCUUCGAAGCUCAAGACGAGUCUUACACAGGUCAAAACACAAUGCAUCAACGAUGUGCGCAAACGUGACUUGGAGCUGGCACGACUAAAGACGCAUCUGCAAGGUCAACAGAGAGGCAACAAGGUCGGCAUGGCCGCUCCAAGUAUGACGGUGGUGGGAGGUGCCAGGUCGAAGCCGGCGUUCAACGCUUCUGUGCACGAGCUGCGGGACCCAGAAUACAGCCUGAAGCAAGAAACAACAGAAUUCUUGACUCAGCUCAGCCAAAGCCUCAGUGACGAGAACGAUGGCCUGAUCAGUCUGGUCCGCGGUGCUCUCGGAACAAUGCGCGAUCUGCUAGGUCUUCCAGCGAGCCAGAGGCAUCCCGAUAGUGCCGUUGGCAGCAUGGGCAGCAACGAGGACGCAAAGAAUGGCGCAAACAUGGAGCAGACUUUGACCCACCUGAAGAGCAUACUGAGCAACCCCAAUUUCGUCACGGUAGAGGAAGUCGAGGUUCGCGAAGAGGAGAUCGCGCGCCUCAGGCAAGGUUGGGAGCACAUGGAGCAGCGAUGGAAGGAGAUACUACUAAUGAUGGACAGCUGGCGUAGGAAGAUGGACACUGGUGACACGAUCAAUAUCGAGGACUUGCGCAAAGGCAUGGGGUUGUGCUCCCCGGAGCGACAAUACACGCAUAGGCUUCCAGCAGAGCCCGAACAAAGCUUUGUCGAUGGAGACAGCGUCAGCGAGAUUCGCCUGCCUGGUAUUGAAGAGGUCUUGGAGCCAAGCAUCGCAUUCGAAGCUCCGCGGCUUUCGAGUCCUGCCAAGAGCAGUCCAAAGCGCAAGCGUGAUGUGCUCGAGCCGCCAGAAUUCUUUGAUCUGCGUCCUGCGGGUCCAAGGUCGAUGCCAGCUUCUCCUGGUCACGAGGCCGAUAAUGCAUCCGCAGAGGACAUGGAUGAGGUUGAGCAGGAAGAAGAUCUAAGCGAGCCACAACUGUCCGUCGAAGAGAAGCUCAGAGCUGCUCAGGUCGACGCGGAGCUCGCAGCUGCAGCUGGUCGAGCGGCUAAAGAACGUGCAGCUGCAGCUGAAGAGCCCAGAAUGUCCACUUCAAAGAGGUCGAGGAGUACUCGCGUAUCUUUCUGCUAUGAUCGCGCAGAUGACCGUGACGAAGAACAGGACGAUACGCUUGGGAAGAUCGUGAGUCCUAUUGCAAGGAAGACGAAGAUCCGGGGUCGUCCCAAGAGGAGGAAGUCCACGCUCAACCCAGACGAGCUUGAGGCCUUGUUGAUGGUUGAUGAUGUGUGA